AUGCUAAGUUACGCCGCCAGCACCAAGGCCCGCCCCUCCAAGAGCCCGCACGUGGCUCUGCCAGUUGUCGACGCCCAAGCUGACGCCGACCAACAGCCACCCGCUCUCACCCUCCAGGGCUCCGCCGCCGCGCUCCUCCUGCCGCUUGUCUCCAAACCAAGCGCCCCGCUGGGCAAGGAGGAAGACUCGGAGCGCGACGCGCCGAGGCGGCGGGCGCGCCGCGGCGCAGGCGCUGCCGGCGGCACGGGUGGCGCGCCCAGGUGGCUGGCAGCGCUGUACGUUCUGCUCAACAUCGCCUCGACCUGCGGCAUCGUCUUUGCCAACAAGCUCGUCCUCUCCACGUUUGGAUUCGCCUAUCCCGUCGCCCUGACCCUGGUCCACGCCCUGUUCACGGCGCUUGGCAUGGAGCUGAUGUGCCGUACGGGGCUGUUUGCUCGCAAGGCGGCGCCUGCGCGCCACACGCUGCCGGUGGCGCUGGCCUAUGUGGGGUCGAUCGUCUUCUCCAACAUGAGCAUCAGCUUCAACACGGUUGGAUUCUAUCAGGUCUGCAAGGUGCUCAUCACGCCCACCCUGCUGGCCGUCGAGUUCCUGUGGCUGGGCAAGCACCCCGGCCGCGCCGCGCUGCUGUCGACAGGGCUGCUCCUCACAGGCAUCUCCAUAGCCACCCUGCUGGAUAAGCAGGCGCGCAAGAGCCCGGCGGCGCCCCGCCGCGCGGCCCCACCGACCGGCCCUGCCCCUACAUCACAUACAGCUUCCUCGGCUGGCGGACUUCAGCAAUGGAGCUGCUCGGCAGCGCCUGCUUGGUGCACGCCUGUGUUGUCCAACCCACUGGGUGCGGCGGUGGGCCUCGCGUCGACCCUCGUGUCUGCGCUGUACCAGGUGCUAGCCAGCAAAAAGCAGCAGGAGCUGGGGCUGGACGCAUCGCAGCUGCUGCACCAAUCAAUGCCGGCCGCAGCCGUCAUGUUGGCGGGGCUGGUGCCACUGAUGGAGCCCCUGGGCCUGGCCUGCCCGCUUAUUGGUGGCGCCUGGGGCGGGCCCGGCACGCUCCUCGGAUACAGAUUUACUGUGGCGGCAAUUGUGGCGAUCCUGGGCAGCGCCGGGUUGGGGCUGCUGGUGAGCCUGUCCGCCUUCCUGGUAAUCGGCUCCACCUCGGCCCUCACAUACAACGUGGCGUCGCACCUCAAGACAGUCCUCAUCAUGGCGGGCGGCGUCGCGUUCUUCGGGGACGCGGCGAACGCCUCCAAGCUGGGCGGCCUCGCGCUGGCGAUGGGCGGCAUAGUGCUGUACUCGCUGCCUCGGUAG